AUGCGGUGCUACCACUGUCAGAGAUUAACGCAUGCAAAGGAGCGCUGUCCUUUUCUUGAACAGGCUCAAGGAGCUAGUGAUCAGUCAACUGGAUUCAUGUCUAUCUCUCAGACUCCUCUUCCGCAGCGGGUUCUUGAAGCUACUGAUCCUCUGUAUGGAGUUUUAAAGGAAGAUCAAGUGGGAAUUAAUCCUCUCUCGGGUCGCCCGCGUAUUUCUCCUGAGAUUCUACAAGAGAUGCGCAAUUAUCUACUAGCUUCAAGCUCUGAAGACAGACAUGUUCGUGAACAAAGGGUCAUUGCUUCAGUGAAAGAUUCAGAGAUGAAACUGGACUCACAGAGAUCAGUGAUGCAACUCAUCCCCACUUCGCUGUUUGCUUCAGUCAUAAACAAAGGAAAAGGGAUAGUUGUCUCUGAUGAUAAAGAAGAAAGAAUGGGCCACUCUUCUAUCCCGAACCCGCAGCCUAAGCUUAUGGCAGCAGCAAUCUCCUCAGGACAGACGAUGUUCAACACCACAACUAACGUCUUCUGUAAACUGUUGCUACCAUCCCUUCAACAGUCUCAGGUGAAUCAAACCAGCUCUCUGAUUACUUUCACUGCUGAACCUGCUAGCUCCAAGGAGAAGGUAAUAAGGAAGCCAAGAAGAUUCAAAAGAAUCUACAACUCUCGUAAGAGGUUUCAGAAGUUACCUCAGGCUCAUGAUCACCAAGAGGUCACUGAAGGAAGUGUGAACAAGAAAAGGAAAGCUGAAGAUGAUUUGGCAGGUGUAUCCAAAGCUACAAAGAGCAAUGCACCAAAGAUGGUCCCACGUGAGGGACCUUCCAAUGCGUAA